AUGUCUUUUGCAAAGUCUCCCAAAAACACAGGACUGCAAAGAGAAGUCAUGAAAUGGUUGCAAAGCCUCGAGCUGUCAUUUCAUUGGAGGAAUGUGCGCAGAGAUUUUUCCAAUGGUUACCUGGUGGCAGAGAUAUUGUCUCGUUAUUACCCCCAAGACUUUCUGGUGCAUUCGUAUGACAAAGGGACAUCACUCUCUGCCAAACAGAGGAACUGGAGCCAGAUAGAGAGGUCUUUACAGAAGCAGAAUCUGCACUUGAUGAAAGAGAUCAUUGAUGGAAGCAUCCACUGUAAACCAGGAGCAGCUGAACUGUUGGUGCAGGAGGUUUAUACUAUUUUAACGAACCGGAGCAUCAGAGAUGUUGAGGGCCCAGAGUCAGACUUCACUGACCAAGAGUACCAGGAGCUUCUACCCACACUGGCCCGCUCCACGGCCUCCAAGGCCAUCAAGAACAACCUGAGGAUUACAGAGAUCAUGGCGGAGCCCGACAUCAGCACAAACAAAUGGAAGGCAGAAGUCAUCCUCCACAGGCACCUGGAGCAAAGGGCGGCAGAUAGGGUCCUUAACCCAGGACGUUUUAAAGGGAAGCCUAAUCUGGGUCGGCUGGCAGCCAAACAUCCUGAGCCGUCCAGCCGCCGUGGUGAGUGCUUUGCUUCAUCUAGAGACACUUCAUCCAAGUUCUGCUUCUCUUCAACAUGGAGUGGAGCGGCUGUUUCCUUUAAGGAGAUAAAGGUCCACCAGCCUGUCCGACGCUCCUUGGUUAACUAUUAA